GGUGAAAAAGUUCGAUAAUUUUAAAGAAGAGGUUAUGAACGGUUGUUUAAUAAGAGGGUCACCAAUUCAAGUCGUUAAUGCUUUAGCGGAGCUUGGUUACAGAGUUGUUGGAACAACCGGAGACGCCGAAGUGGUUUUUACUAUGCAAAGAGAUAUCUAAUAAACAAACAAUUAAUGUCAUCUUAGUUUUUAAAAAUGUCAUGUGAUCAUAAAAAUUGUUGUAACAAAUCAGACCAAUUACGUCAAACAUUAGAUGAGUUGGAUUUUGAAAGAGGGAUUUGGGCAUCGGCGCAAUGUGGGGAUUUGGAAAGAUGUCAAAAACUUGUUAAAACGGGAGUUGAUGUGAACGUUGAGGAUAAUUUUGGUUAUACUGCUUUACAUUAUAGUGCAAGGCAUGGAAAGUUAGAUGUUUGUAAAUGGUUAUUGAGGGAAAAUGCUAAAGUUGAUGCAAAGACAAGGUCUGGAGGAGCAACCCCAUUACACAGGGCGUGUACAACAGGUCACCUGGAGGUUGUUCGACUUCUCCUCACUUAUAAAGCCGAUCCAGAAAUUAAAGACGCUGAUGGAAAGACAGCUCUCCAUAGAGCUGCAGAAAACCAACAUGAUAAAAUUUGUGAAUUAUUAAUAAAUCAAUCGCAUAAUCCAAUGGCACUAAAGCGGCACAUUGAUAAAAAAAACAAACUUGCAGUGGAUUAUGCCAAAAAUGAUAUUUUAAAAGAUUUGUUAAAAAUGUAGUAAAAAAUGUAUAUGUAAAAUUCUCUUCUUGUCACCUCUUUUUCUUGCCUUGUGUCGACAUUUCAUUUGCUCUUAAGGCGAUACAACUUAAACAAUAACCCUUAAAGGUAAAUAAAUAAAAGAUAAUUUUUAUGUUCAAGUUGGAUCACCUUUAAAUUCAGUUUAUAGUAAAUGUUUAAAUUAAAUAAAAUAAUAUAGUCUUAAAAAUAUGUAUGUACUUAACUUGUUAAUUGUAGCUUAUUGUAUUAUACUUGGAUGUUAUAAAUCAAUUGGGUUUUUGAUGUAUUUACUAUAUUACAAAACUAUUAUUACAGACCAAAACAACCAUUUCUUAUCUACAAUAUUAAUCCAUAAUAAAAUUGUGAAACUAUA